AUGGCGACGCUCUCUAGUACCACCAUCUUCCUGCUCGUUCUCCUCCCCCUCGUCUGCCUCUCGCUGCUUCCCCUCGCAUCCGCCGGUGCGCCUAAGCGCGUCGCGCGCACGCGCCAGGCGCACGAAGAGUACCGCCGUCAACGCCAGCUGAACGACAUCGAAGUCCGCCCUGGGCGCCCGCCUCUCCACAUGUUCGAAACGAAGGCGCAUCAUGAGAAGGAAGAGCGCGAAAAGGGUGCAGCGCGCGGCGGCGCUGCAAGCGCUCCGAUCCAGUACCUAGGCGGUCCCGUGAUGACCGGAAACCCGUCCGUCAACGUGUACAUAAUCUACUACGGCAGCUGGCCGGCGGGAUCGGGGCAAAAUGUGAUCGAGAAUUUCAUCCGGUCUCUGAGCGCGGACUCGAAGCGGCAGGGGAGUCCCGCGGAUCCCAAGGUGAAGCGCUGGUGGGCGAUCAGCGCGGCGUACACGCAGGAAGGGAAUGGCGCGAAGAAGAACGUCAGCGCGAAGUGCGCCGACGGUUGCGGGGGGCAGAGCACGUCGCCCAACGGGAACCCUGCGAUCGAUGCGACGGUUUCCACAAUCGCUCACGAAAUUGCGGAAGCAGCAACCGACCCGGAUGCUGCAAACGGGUGGAUGGACGCCGACGGUGAAGAGAAUGCGGACAAGUGCUCGUACGAUGUUGGUACGACGGCCAUGAGUCAGGACAACCGUGGCAGGAAAUACGAGUACAAUCUCGUCGGAAUGAACAACAUGAAGUUUCUUGUGCAGCAGAAUUGGGAUAAGCUGAAGAACAGGUGCGUGACGCAGAGGAAGUACCAGUAA